AUGGCGACAUCAGUGGGACUGGCAUCACAAGCGCUGGCAUCAAUUGGGCUAGCAGCGCCGGGGCUAGCGCCACAAGGGAAGACGGCAUCACAGGCUGCUGAAGAGAAGGACUUUGCCGAAUUGAUGAAGCCCGACAUCAUCCCCAAGCUCUGGGGGAAAGUUGCCGCACAGGUUCAGGCGGCCGUCGUGCGGGAUGGGCGGGCACUGGCUCAUGCGGCCCCACCGCUGAAGCAAGACAAGGAGGUGGUUCUGAAGGCUGUGCAGGCCGAUGGAAGUGCUUUGAUGUUUGCUUCCGAGGAGCUACAGCGAGACAAGGAGAAGAUGGGAGGGCACCCGCCAAGUCGAGAUGUUCUAAUCCAAAGCAACAUUUGCCUAGGCUUGGCCACGGCGCUCAUUGCUGACAAGGAAGUGGCCUUGGCUGCUGUGAAGCAAAGUGGCAAGGCCUUGCAACACUGCUCCGAGCAGUUGAGGAAUGAUGAGGAGAGCUGGGUUGGGAAGCAAGCAGAGGGUCGGACAGUGAAGGAUGUGUGUCUGGCGGCAGUCCAGCAAAAUGGCCGUGCGCUGCGCUACGCCAGCGAGGGCCAACGUUUGAACCGCGUGGUGGUCGAUGCGGCCAUGGAGAACAACACAGCCACUGUUCUCCACUGGCGCGGUGGGAAGGGCUUGGGGAGGGAGUGGGAGGAGAUCUUGACCAAGCGAUGGAAGGAGCAGGGCUUCCAUUUGCAACGGCGGAAAGCCGGGCAAAUCCUAAGAGCGCAGACCUUGGCUGCCUAG